UUUUUUUGUCUCCCCAAAUCAACUCUCUAUUAAUAUUCUGUAUAUAUCUCCAAGUUUCCACUGAAAGAGUUCUGAACAGAAAAUGCAAUAUUAGUGUUUCAUAAAUGGCAGUGCAAUAAUCGAGGAGAUGAAAAAUAGCUUUCAUUGGGAAAGAAAAGGCUCUCUCUAUCUAUCUAUGCAUCUCUCUUUCUCCAAGCUCUCAGCAGAAGUUUGCAGGGGCACACGUUAACCCAGCGUGCACCUUCCUAAGCACAUAUAUAUCUUAAAAACUCUCUAUAAACUCUCUCUCUGUCUCUUCCAUAUAGGGUAUUUUCUAUUUAGAAUUCUAGAUAUAUAGACAAGGAAAGAGAAAAUACUAGUACUGUUUAUGCACAGCAAGACAACAAAAAAGAAAAUAAAAAAAUAAAAAAAUAAAAAAGUACCUAUUUCCAAGGGUGCUCCGAAUCUACCUUUUACAGAGACAAAGAAAGAAAGAAAUAAUAAUAAUAAAAAAAACCCUCUUAGGAUUUUCUGUAAAAAGACUGUAAGUUUUAGCUUAAAAACCGGGCGUACUCUUAGCGAGAAGGAAAACCAAAAAGAACAAAACAACAUACAAACACAGUAGUUCUGCUGCUUCUCCGCUAUUAAGAAAGAAUAGUGAAAAGAAAGAUGUUCAUGGGUUUUUCUUUUUAGCGAGAGAGAGAGAGAGAGAGAGAGAGGAGUAUGGAGGGCGGAGGAAAUAAUAUGAUGAUGGGUUUUGGGGAAAACAGUAGCAGUGGAUUUUCUGGUGCUGAAAUAAACAGACGGUUUCAUCAUCAUCAUCAUCUACAUCUACCUUUGAGCAACAACAACAACAACAACAACAGCAGCAACAAUAAUUCUAUUUCUAACAACCAGCAGAAUACUUGCAGUGGUGCUGGAGGUAGCCAAAGGGUUUCUUCUGCCAUGAACAUCAAUAUCCCUCAAGAAAGCAACACUUGUAUGAAAGCCAAGAUCAUGGCUCAUCCUCUCUUCCCUCGUCUCUUGGAGGCCUAUAUCAACUGUCAGAAGGUUGGGGCACCUCCAGAAGUGGUGGCUAGGUUAGAACAGGCAUGUAGUAGUGUUACUACUACUAAUUCUUCUUCUUCGGAAGCCAUGGAUGUUUCAAGGACUAGUACUACGGUUUCCAUAGGUGAAGAUCCAGCUUUGGACCAGUUCAUGGAAGCUUACUGUGAGAUGCUCACCAAGUAUGAACAAGAGCUUACAAAACCCUUUAAAGAAGCCAUGCUUUUUCUCGCAAGAAUCGAAUCCCAGCUCAAAGCCCUAGCAGUUUCUUCUUCAGAUUCUGCAGCUUAUGGUACUGAUCUUGCUGGACAAAAUGGAUCUUCUGAAGAAGAUACUGAUGUUGUCAAUGACAAUUUCAUAGAUCCCCAAACUGAAGACCGGGAGCUGAAAGUUCAGCUUCUGCGCAAAUACGGUGGAUAUCUGGGGAGUCUGAAGCAGGAAUUCCUGAAGAAGAAAAAGAAUGGGAAGUUGCCAAAGGAAGCGCGGCAGCAGUUGCUAGACUGGUGGAGCAGACACUACAAGUGGCCUUAUCCAUCGGAAGCACAGAAGCUAGCGCUGGCAGAGUCGACGGGACUGGAUCUGAAACAGAUAAACAACUGGUUCAUCAAUCAGAGGAAACGCCAUUGGAAGCCUUCAGAGGAUUUGCAGUUUGUUGUGAUGGAUGCAGCUCAUCAUCCCCACUACUAUAUGGACACUAUGAUGUACAACCCUUUCCCUAUGGAUUGCUCAUCUUCACUCCUUUGACGUCCAUAUCUAAUAAUUCUUCUCCCUUAAAAAUUUUCUCUCUAAUUCAAACCCUUGCCCGUAUAUGCAAAUUGUUGCCUUUUUGAUGAUCAUGGAAACUUACAACAUCAAACAGUGGACUUUUUGAUAUACAGCAGCAUUUACAUAAUUAUUUUUCAUUUCA